AUGUUGCGACAACUUCAAAAAUACGCUAUUCGCUCUUCAAGAGUAAUUUCGGCAACAUACCGUUUACCGCUUUUCACUCAUCAGCCUAUAAGUGGCAAGUUGCUAAAUGAAAUAAAACCUGCCUCAAGAUUAAAUAUGCAUCGAGAUGUUUCCAGGCGGUUCUUUGGUGCUAGACCACGUCCUGGAGAUUGGCAAUGUAAAGCUUGCGGAGUAAAUAAUUUCGCGUAUCGAACUGAAUGCUUCGAAUGUGGUGAAAAAGUUCAAGAUCGAGAAGUAGCUCCUGGUGAUUGGGUUUGUCCGAAAUGUAAUUUUUAUAAUUUCCAAAGUCGAUUGGCGUGCUUCAAAUGCCAUACACCAGCUCCUUCCUUUGCAAACGAAAGCCAAAGUGAUAGCGUCGAACCUACUAAAUUGUAG